AUGAAUUCCAGUGUUCCACCUUGGCGCUCUACUGCAUCCGCCCCGAUGGCUCGAAACUCUGCAUUCCCUCCAGCUUCGACCCCUGCCUACAUCCCAGUUCAAGCCCGUCGUAGCCUCGCCCAUAGUACACCCAACCCAGCCAUCGGAUCGGUCCCUCCACCUGGCAGACAAGAACCAGUGGACGAUGAAUCCCGAAACCGAGUGGAGUUCCCGGCUCCCGUCCGAUCAUACGUGCAACGCUGCUUCGCCCCCGAAAACCAGGUUGCCAGCGUGAGCAUCCUCGAGAUGCAAGAGAAACUGAAAGACGUGAUCACGGACGCGGCGGAGAAUAACAAGCUGGGAAAGAUCGACUGGGAGAGACUACCUUUGCCACAGGUGAUGGUCCAGAACGAACGCAACAAGAUCCUGGCCAACCCGUCCUCCUCGCACUGGGCCUCCGCCCAGCCAUCCUCCCCCGGAAAUGUGAACCGGAAGCGAAAGUCCACCGAUGGCCACGCAGAUACCGGAUCGCCUCCCUGGAGAUCAGCUAACCCCAGUCGUUUUGAAGAUCGAGUUACUCACCCACCCACAGAAAAGAAGAAGCCCCGCAUAGCAGUGGACCAGACUAGUAAGUCCAAAGCUAAUUUGGAAAUGAGGCGGAAGCGGUUUGAUCUGGGCAAUGUCAAGUCUCCCUCAUCGCCCUCCGGGUCCCCGGCACGCAGUGCCGAAGUGGACCAAGGCCCUGUCGUUGGACGAUUCCAAGAGCUGGAGAAGAACUACUUCCGCUUGACUUCUGCCCCCAACCCAGACAGUGUUCGUCCUCUGUCCGUUCUGGAAAAGACCCUGGAUCUCUUGAAAAGAAAGUGGAAGCAUGAGGGCAACUACGGUUAUAUCUGUGAUCAGUUCAAGUCGCUCCGUCAGGACUUGACGGUCCAGCACAUCCGGACGGACUUUACCGUCAACGUCUAUGAGAUCCACGCUCGUAUCGCCCUGGAGAAGGGGGAUCUUGGUGAGUACAAUCAGUGCCAAACCCAGUUACGGGUGCUGUAUGCACAGCAGCUGGCCGGUCACCCGACGGAAUUCAAGGCCUAUCGUAUUCUCUAUUUCAUUUACACUCGAAACUGGACGGCUAUGAACGACGCGCUCGCGGACGUGACCCCAGAGGAUAAGAAAGACGAGGCGGUGAAGCAUGCCUUGGAUGUCCGCUCUGCGCUUGCGCUUGGGAACUACCAUCGUUUCUUCCAGCUGUACCUUGACACGCCCAACAUGGGAGCCUACCUGAUGGAUAUGUUUGUGGCCCGUGAGCGGCUGAGUGCUCUGGCGGUUAUUUGCAGAGCAUACAAACCUGAUGUUACUAUUCGGUUCAUUACCGAGGAACUUGGAUUCGAGUCCGAUGAGCAGACUGCCCGUUUCGUCCUAGACAAUUCCUCCGCGGAACUGCUGGAAGAGAAGAACGGGGCUGUGAGGCUGUUGACGGGCAAGGCCGGUUCAUUGUUCGAACAGGCCAAGUCCGCCGCCCAUCGCGUUGUCGAUAUUAAGGGCCAGAUCUAA